UGGAUGCUGGUGUUCUCCCAAUGGCUAAUGAGGAUGAGGACAAGGAGGAUGAGUUCCGCGCUCCAUUGUACAAGAACGUGGAUGUGAAGGGCGUCCAGGUGCGCAUGAAGUGGUGCGCCUCGUGUCAUUUCUACAGACCUCCGCGUUGCUCGCACUGCAGCGUCUGUGAUCACUGUGUGGAGGACUUUGACCAUCACUGUCCCUGGGUGAACAACUGCAUCGGAAGGCGCAACUACCGCUACUUCUUCCUGUUUCUGUUGUCACUGACAGUUCACAUGAUCGGUGUCUUCACCUUUGGCCUCAUAUACGUCCUGCACCACAUGGACCAAUUGUGGAAGCUGCAUUGCACUGUCACUUUGGUAGUGAUCAGUAUAUCAGGCCUGUUUCUUAUCCCUGUCCUGGGUCUCACUGGAUUCCACCUGUACCUGGUGUCCAGAGGGCGCACCACAAACGAACAAGUAACUGGGAAGUUUCAAGGUGGAGUAAAUCCUUUUACACGAGGUUGUUGUAACAAUCUGGAGUAUCUGGUUUGCAGUCCUGUCUCUCCAAAGUACACAGCAAGGCCCUGUAAGAAAACAGUCAUCCAUGUUCAGCCUCCGUUCCUGAGACCAGAUAUCGACAGGCAGAUGCCAGUGAAAGUCAGGGACAACGGGAUACAGAGUCAGAAUCUCCAAAAUAACAUCUCUCAUGUUUCCCUGCCUCUUGUGUCCUGCCAGCAAGCCUCAGCCGCAGCUGUCGAGAUGUCAGACAUCAAGCAAGUGAAAACUCCACCAGCGCUGCCACCAAAACCAGACCAUGGCCUGCUGAAAAGCCAUCUAGCUGCAAUGGAUGAGAUGGGACAUCAUACCAAAUCCAUCAUUCCUGUAUCCAUUCCCACUGUGCCACAGCUACGGCCAGUCCUGGAGGCCAUAUCCAGAGGAUCGUCACCCAUUCCACCAGAGCAGUUGCUGAAGACUUCAGAGCAGCAAGGGAACAACAAAAGUCCGGACCUUCGCUCUGAGUCCAAAGAAAGCCCUGCGAGAGGCAGCCAGCAGACGGGCUUACCUGUCCUGCCUCCCCUGCAGACGAACACCACAUCCAGCUCGCUGCAGCUCAACUCUCUGACGCUCAACUCCCGCUCCCUCACCCUCAAACACAGUAACCGGCAUGGUGGCAAAUCCCAGUUACCUGCCAUGCAUGCUGACGGUUUGGGAUCCAAUCCUCCACUGGGCAUCAUCUCCUCCUCCAGCCUGCUGGCCAACCACAGCAGCAGCAGCAGCAGCAGCCUCUCUUAUGAUAACCUCAUCAACCCUGCAGACCCUCAGUUCCUGGCUCAGAGAGGGGUUCCUGCAGUCAGCUACCACCCUCACUUUAUGGCCCUGGGCACAGAUGGGACUGUAGUGCAGCGGCCACCUCCUCACGCCUACAGUCCCGUGUUUAUGGGAGUCACUAGACAGUCUCCUCAGCAUCGGGACCCCUCACCUUCUUUGCAGGGUCUCAACUCAAGGGAUCCCUCGCCCUCCUUCCAAGGUUUCAUUCAAAGAGACCCAUCUCCUGCUUUUCAAGGGCUGAUGCCAAAAGACCUUGCAUCCCAAAGCGUAACAUCACGAGACAUUCCCCCUCCAGGUCUGGCCAUGCGAGAUAUGACCUCUCAAAGUCUUCGAGACAGUCUUCGAGAUCUCGGUCCACAGGCCUUGACACCUCAGAAGUCUGCUGCUGCGCGCUAUGAUAACUUUUCAAAAACCAUCAUGGCAUCUAUCCACGAGAGACGGGAGAUGGAGGAGAGGGAGAGGAUGCUGCGUCUCCAAGCCAGAUCCCAGGUGCUUUAUGGCCCAGACAUGGGGAUCUAUGACAUCCCCAGCAGGCGGAGUCUACCACCAGACAACAUCCGAUCUCUAGGCUCCCGUGGACCAACUCCUCCCGCCUAUGGCUCCAGGGAGUUUCUGAUGAGCACAGGUAUUCUUGGUUAUGGCAUGAGGACCUCACCACUCUCCAGCUCCUCCACAUCGUCUCUGACUCGAGGCCCGAAAACCUCCAGCUCUCCUCUGCAGAGCAGCAGCAGCAGCAGCCUGCAAAGCAAAGGCAGGUCUUCCUCUCCGGCAUACUGUCCUCCUGACAGACAGAUGCAAACUCUCCCUUCCUCUACAUCCACCCUAUCUCGUUUAACUUCCUCCUCCACCUCCUCCGCCCCUUCCUACAACUCAUAUGCCAAUGCAAAAUAAUCCUUGCUCACAUACCCCUCUGAUGGGAAGAACUCAGUCACCCUGGGAGCCCUGAAAAAAAACUCUUUUUAUUCUCUCUUUUUUUCUGGUGGUGUGAAUGAAUCAUCUAUGCAGUGUUAGUCUCAGUUUCACAGCUCCAAAAUACUUUGUAAAUAAGAGACCAUUUGGGACUUUCCUUUGUGGGAGGGUGUGUGAGAAACAAAUACACAGUGAAUGAUAAACUUUUUCUUGCAAAGUCAUGUAAGUUUGACCAAAUCUGAAAAAUGGUGAAUCUCAGGAUAGUUGUGCCUCCUCUUACAAACAGAGCGAGCUCUAUAAACUCAGUCAAAGCAGAAGAGCUAUUUGAAUAAUACAGAUUAAUUUAAUAUCUGCUUGUAUGUGUUUUGAUAUUGCUUUUGUGAAAACAUUUAAUACCACAUUAUGUAAUCUGUCUCCUGCUGAA